AUGCAUGCUUUGCUCCACCGAAUAAUCUGUCUCUCGGUCUUCUCGCUCCUACUGACCCCCAUACGCUCGCAGCCACAAGAACUGAUCGUUCCCGCCACUGACUCACGAAUCCAAUACGUCGGUACCGGAUGGACAGUCCAAGAGAACGGCGGUCAUACCUUCACCUCUGUACCCGGCAGCUUUUCGUUUAACUUCGCAGGUACCAACGUUUCCUGGUUCUCGCGAAAGCUCUAUAACGGGGCGAUUAUAUCAAUCGCCCUCGACAAUGAUUCUAUCACGAUGGACUUGAGUAGUGGGAUGAACCAGAAUGAUACUCCUGCGGUAGCAGUGUUGUUUGAGAAGGACGGGUUAGAUGGAGAUGAAAGUCAUUUGUUGAAUGUUACGUGGGAAGGACCGGGUUCGAAUGGUGUUGGCUCAUUUUUGGAGAAUUAUCAGAUAAAGUGCGUGUUUUCUCAAUUCUUUCCUGAUGCUUCUUCUUCUUCCCCGAUGGACAGCUUCGUACCAGGCAACACGUCGCAACCUCCGGUACCUUCGUCUACUGUUGUUUUUUCGAAGCAGUCGCAUACGAAUGUUGGUGCUAUUGUGGGUGGUGUUGUUGGCGGAGUUGUAGGCUGUGUCGUACUGUUUGGUCUUGCUUUCUUCUGGUUGAGGAGACGAAGGGCAAGUGUUGCUGCUCAACGGGAGUCGAACUCAGCGACGCCGUUCAUGGCUCACCUAACACCAACACCAAAUCCGCCCACCUCUUCGUCCUAUUCACAGACUUCCACGAAACAACGCUUGGACUCGUCAUACUCAGCAACUCCACUUUCCCAAAGCCAGGGAACGCCCCCUACGACGAAUUCUGCAAUAACGCGACUGCGCGGGUUGGUAGGAAGAUCACCACUAGGUGGUGGCGGUGGUGUAUCUCAAAAUUCAGACUCACUGCCUUCGGAUAGCAAUGAGCAGCGGGGAGUGGAUGAUGCUCCUCCACCCGCUUAUACAUAG